AUGACCGAUCCACGGGCCGCCCCUCUGCAGUCCUCCCAAUUCAAAUCGCGUUCGAGUUCAAAGGAGGAGGAAAACGAGACAACAGAUGGGCAGUCAUGGGCAGACGAUCGGUUCCUGUUGACUCCUCCCGUUCCCACCUCUGCCGUUAAUCCUUUGGAUCAGCCACGGUACCAAACAAAUGCUCAGGCAUUCCAGAUCAACCACCAUGUAACCUCACACUUUGCACCGCAAUUUGCCUCAUCGGCGGAUUCUCUCCGCGUCCAUCGAGACGCAGCCUUUUUAUUGAAUGGCCUACAGAUCCGGACCGAUGCCGACGCUCUCACGAGAUCAGGAUCUUCCCACUCUGUCGAGUACGAGCCACAGUUGCGUGCAAGUGCUUCUGUAGCGAGUCUUCCACGUCGUGCACCUAGUGUUCGAACGCAGCUGCAUUCUUCCGCCGGCUCUGUUUCGCCUGGUGCUGUCAUUUCGUCGCCCCAAAUUGCAGCAAUGCUCGAUAUCACCCCGCUGCCUUCCCCAACGGGAGCCUCUGAAUCUUGGAAGGCCUUCUCACAGCCGAGAUCCCGUGGUUCUUCGAUAUCCUCUCUGAAGACAGAGAUCACCGCAGCUGCUCAUUCCUCUUCCCUUUUACCUGCUUCUCCUCGCCGCAAGGGUUAUCCAGGCCUCCAGUUCCCUCCUCCGGGAUCGAGGUCGAAUACUUCAGAUGAUCCCUCCCUCGAGGAAACCCACCCUAGAAGUGUUAGCGACUAUGUUCCUGAUGCACCUCCCGCGGCAAAGCCACGGAACGUCGCCGCAUCUCUUACGGCGUUCCCGGCCGAAAGUUCACAGCUAACUACUACAAUGCACCGGGAAGAAUACAUCGGUCCGCAAAGAGGUUUCGCCAAAACUGUUGUCCGGCCCCUAACGCCACCUCCAACUGCGGAGGAGGUGGAUAGUGGUAAGGAAGAUGAGCCCCUAGCCAAAAAGCCGAAACUGGAGAUUUUCUACGCUAGAAGCAUUGUUACUGGGGAGCCUCGAUCGUAUGAAGCCAUCCGUCUCCUUGGUCAAGGAACGUUCAGCAAGGUCUACUUGGCAGUCCGACAACUGAAGCAUCAUCAUGAGGAUAGUGUGGACUAUAGACAGGACAGUGUCAAUAUGGCUGGUAUCAAAGCUCGGUCAACAAGGCUCGUCGCAGUCAAAGUUGUGGAGCAGGGCCCAGCCGGUGGAGCAGACGCCGAAAGAAUCGAAGUUGGGCUGAAGCGAGAAGUUGAGAUCUUGAAAUCGAUAAGGCAUCCUUCUUUGGUCCAUCUGAAGGCAUUCGGGAAUGACGGUGGUGCGCGUGCGUUACUUGUCAUGAAUUACUGUCCAGGAGGGGACUUGUUUGAGGCGGCAAGCAAUCACCAAGAGGCCUUGACACCGCCGUUGGUCCGGCGAAUAUUUGCAGAACUCGUUUCAGCCUGCCGAUAUCUCCACCAAAAGUAUGUUGUCCACCGUGAUAUCAAGCUGGAAAACGUCUUACUCAACAUCCCCAUCCGAGUCCAUCCAGAUGUACUCAAUUGGCAGACAUUGGACCGAGCCGUGAUAACUUUAACAGAUUUGGGUCUUUCCCGUAGUAUACCAGAACCCCCGGAGAGCCCCCUACUCACGACACGAUGUGGGAGUGAAGACUAUGCGGCUCCCGAGAUCAUCAUGGGACAGCCUUACGAUGGGCGGCAGACGGAUGCUUGGGCCUUGGGCGUACUUUUGUAUGCUCUGCUGGAAGGGAGACUACCUUUCGACCCCUUGCCCGGAGCCCGGGGCGAUCCAGCAACACUGCGAGCAAGAACGCCUCAUCGUAUCGCCCGGUGCGAGUGGGCUUGGGUGAAGUAUGGGGAUGAAGAUGGCGAAUGGGAUCCCGAAAAAGGUCGGGAGUUUCAGGGGGCGGCCGAGUGUGUCGAUGGCCUCUUGAAGAGGGCGAGUCGACGUAAAAAACUGGCCGAAAUCCGCGAAAUGAAUUGGGUCAAGGAAGGAAUACAAGUAGAUGGCGGUCUGCGAUGGGUGGAAGAAGAGACCUUGUGA